AGAAACAAAAAGUGGAAACUUUUUUUCCACUUUUCCGUUAACUUCAAGUUCUGAAAAAAUCAAAAUGGAUUUAGAGAAAAAUUACCCGACUCCUCGGACCGGCAGGACAGGACAUGGAGGAGUGAAUCAGCUUGGGGGGGUUUUUGUGAAUGGACGGCCACUCCCGGAUGUAGUCCGCCAAAGGAUAGUGGAACUCGCUCAUCAAGGUGUCAGGCCCUGUGACAUCUCAAGGCAGCUUCGAGUCAGCCAUGGUUGUGUCAGCAAAAUUCUCGGCAGGUAUUAUGAGACGGGGAGCAUCAAGCCUGGAGUAAUUGGAGGAUCCAAACCAAAGGUCGCCACGCCCAAAGUGGUGGAAAAAAUCGCUGAGUAUAAACGCCAAAAUCCCACCAUGUUUGCCUGGGAGAUCAGGGACCGGCUGCUGGCGGAACGGGUGUGUGACAAUGACACGGUGCCCAGCGUCAGUUCCAUCAACAGGAUCAUCCGGACGAAAGUUCAACAACCACCCAACCAGCCAGUCCCAGCUUCCAGUCACAGCAUAGUGUCCACGGGCUCCGUGACGCAGGUGUCGUCGGUGAGCACGGACUCGGCCGGCUCCUCGUACUCCAUCAGCGGCAUCCUGGGCAUCACGUCCCCCAGCGCCGACACCAACAAACGCAAGAGGGAUGAAGGUAUUCAGGAAUCUCCAGUGCCCAACGGUCACUCGCUGCCGGGCAGAGAUUUCCUCCGGAAGCAGAUGCGGGGAGACCUGUUCACGCAGCAGCAGCUGGAGGUGCUGGACCGCGUGUUUGAGAGGCAGCACUACUCGGACAUCUUCACCACCACGGAGCCCAUCAAGCCCGAGCAGACCACUGAGUAUUCAGCGAUGGCCUCGCUGGCUGGAGGCCUGGAUGACAUGAAGGCCAACCUGACCAGUCCCACCCCUGCCGACAUCGGGAGCAGUGUGCCUGGGCCACAGUCCUACCCCAUUGUGACAGGCCGUGACUUGGCGAGCACGACCCUCCCCGGGUACCCUCCGCACGUCCCCCCCGCCGGACAGGGCAGCUACUCAGCACCGACGCUGACAGGGAUGGUGCCUGGGAGUGAGUUUUCCGGGAGCCCCUACAGCCACCCUCAGUAUCCCUCGUACAACGACUCCUGGAGGUUCCCCAACCCGGGGCUGCUCGGCUCCCCGUACUAUUACAGCGCUGCAGCCCGAGGAGCUGCCCCACCUGCGGCCGCCACUGCCUACGACCGUCACUGACCCUCGGAGCCAGGCGGGCGCCAAGCACUUAUAAUACAUAUCACUGAGGGCGAUAGCCUCUCAGCCCCUCCGAAGACAGCCAGAGGGGUCCAGUGAGACCAUCCCCCAGCAAUCCCCUCUCGCCUGAAACUCCCUCCCAACCUUCUCCUGCCAGGGAGCUGGGGUUCUAUGGUAAGGCCAUUGGACUUCUAGACACACGUCCAUUUCUAAGAGUCAAUCAGUGAGCUUCUCCCAACAGUAACCAGGUCUCUGCAAAGCCACAGACUAUUCUGCAGACAACUGUAGCCCUAGCCUAGACUGCCAGUCCCCAGCUGACUGACCAUCCACCUGUCUUCCUGCCCCAGGCCUGGGAAGGAGAGCUUGCUUUUGUCACUUCAACAGCACCCGUGUAAAUACCUUCUUGCUUUUUUGCGGGCCUGAGGGUCCAACUGAGCAGACUGCCCAUCCAUUAUGCAUCCAGUACUCCUGAUGUGUCACAGGACAUCUUAGACCUGUGUGCAGACCAUCCCCUCUGUCCUGGCUGCCCCGUACAGGUGGGCUUGGAGUUGUCCUUGAGAAUAAGGAUGCCCACCUCCGGGCACAGCCUACUGCUCAUUGCUACUUCUUUAACGUCUGGACUAAGAGGCUCAUCGGGCUGGUUAUGCUUCAAGCUUCUACCCCUGAGAUCCCUCCUCGGGAGAAACACACUGGAGAGAUGCCCUGCCUUCCUGAUUCCGUUUUUGUUUUUGUUUUUGUUUUUUUUUGGCCCCAGUGCAGUGUGAGCAGCUCUUUUCCAUAUCAAAGGACUCAAAGAGAACAAAGAACUGUCUGGGAGAUUCCUCAGCUACAAAGUCUAAACAUACUGUCCAAGGUGCUGACUGCAUUGUGGACUUGGAAUCCUGGGGCUGGACAGGACCCAGAAGACCAUAGUCCAAGGCAGGGACUCCCAAGCCCCUGGAACCACUGAACUGAACUGGGAUGUAUUUUCUGAGGCAUGCCCAGGCUCAAAUCACAUUGGACACCCACCAUGGACAUUUCUCCCACCCUCCAGGAUGCCAGAAAGUGGAUUCCGGGCAAGCCUGUCCCUGGCACGUAGACAAUAAUUAACAAAAAAAGACAUUAUCGCACUGAGGACCACAAACACCUACAGCAGUCAGCCAGAGCUUCCCAAUUAGCCCCUCCCUGUCCCCAUGGAGCCUAGUAUGCAGCUAGGAAUAGAGGUGCUGGGGUAGGAGCAGAUGCCUAACUUUGCACAGUGGGUAUAUACCUAUUGAUGCAAGGGGUGGUGAUGGUCAGGGCCAUGGCCAAGGACCCUGGGAGCUUGGAGACCUCAGUGGAUGCUGGAGUGGCCAGAAAAAAACACUUGGGAAGAUGUGGGGGACAGAGGAAGGCCUUUCAGGAGGGGAUCAAGAUAAGUAGUAAGGAACUGUUGUGUGAACUGGGAGUGGUUUUGAAAUAGGAGUGCCAGGGGCCAACAUCCCUUUGCCUGGAGCCUCAAUUCCUUCAGUAGUCUUUCCUGCCAAGUCAGAACAACAAGAUGAAGGCCCUGUCCCGAUCUAGGCUUAAUUACAUAGAUGAAAAUAGACUUUGCCAUCUCGUGUGACAGGGUCUCUGAUGUUUGCAUGUCACCAAGUUGGCAAAGAGCUGGGGCAGUGCAGAGCCUGGGGUUACUGGGCCUGGGAGGUCUUGUCCUGGCCAUACCACUUCUUUGCUGUGUGACCUCGGACUAGACCUUCCCCUUUGAGCCUCGGCUGACUUGGUACAGCUGGGUCACCUACAAGGCCAUCCUCCAGUAAUCUCCUUGCCUUCCUCUUUCCCAGGGUGCUGGGGCUGUAACUGGGCCAUCCGGGGGCAGGUCUUCUACUUCUGAGCAAGCAUAGGGGGUGGGCAUCUAUGUCCUACUAAUAUUUGGACCAAAUGGGAAAUAAGAACAUGCAGAGGGAUGGGAAUCUGCCUUGAAAAGAUCUAGUCCAGCUCCCCCCAGGGGAAACUGAGGCCCAGUUUGGGGAAGCCUAGAACAAUGCAGAGAAAUAGAACAGAUCCCUGGCCACCACGUGUUUACUCCCCAACAUCCUACAAGGUGGUGGGAGAGAAGAGGAAACCAGGACUCAACAAGGUGGAGUCCCCAGGCAGUGACUGGCAGAGGUGGGGCUAAGAUUCAGCCUCCUGACCCCUGGCACAAGGUGAUCCCUCCAUCCCUGGAGAGGGAAGUUGACAGCAAGGGCAAUGGGAAAUCGUUCUGGGCCCACUGCCACAGAUGGAAAGUCCUGAGCUAUUAGUGACAAGGAGGCCCAGCCACCCAGGGCAGAGGUGGAGCCAGGGCACUCCCUAACAGGCACACCCACCACCUUGGAACCUGCUGGGCAAAGA